GAAUAAAUCCCAAGAAAAUCUGGCUUAAGAACCAUCAACAUGAAAUAUCCAGCACCCAAACAAUCAAAAGGGAACAUCCAGAGCAUGCGAUUCACAUAGAUGAGAAACGGUUCAAAUCCGAAAUAUCCAAGGAAGAUUUCGUUGCGCCAUCGAGUUCACAUAUGAAGAUUCAUAGCGGUAGGAGGUCGUUUUCUUGUUCGGAAUGCGCGGCAAAUUUCACCACAUCAGGGAAUCUGCGUAGACAUAUGAUGAUUCAUACCGGUAAGAAGCCGUUCUUUUGCUCGGAAUGCACGGCAAAUUUCACCCGGUCAGACAAUCUGGAUGGACAUAUGAUAAUUCAUAGCUGUAAGAGGCCGUUGUCCGGAAUACACAACGAAUUUCACCCGGGCAGA